AUGGCCUUUGCUCGACUCCCGAAGGUGGCAUUUGUUGAUGAGACUGACCGUGAUGCGUUUGGCUUUCUAGAUCCCAGAACUACUUCCCUUCGCCAUGGAGAGACAUUUGCAUGUUGGGAUGGCAAUUUAGAUGACUGGGAAGCAUUCUAUGUGGGCAUAUUUGUGGACCGAGACAUGUUCAUGCGGUACACACACUAUGGAAUUGGCCACCCAAAGGUUCUGCAGGAGAUGGCAAGAGAUUGUGCCAACAUGGACCUCGCAGAUGACCUGGAACCAGAAGAAGAUAGGGGUUGCGAGAGAGACCUUCGUUCCUCCAAGAGUGAUGACAAGAGGGAUAGAGAUGAUGAUGACAAUGAAGGAGUCGACCAAGAAGAUCAAGAUGAUGAUGAUGAUGACAACAACAACACUAUUGAGUGCGAUGAUGACAAACAGUUGGGCAACGACCAUCCAGAUGACUGGGAGAUUGGAGGUGCCAAGGAUGAGGACAAUUAUGGGUCUUUCUGA